AUGGCUCCCACACAAACGAAAACUUUUAUUGUGAACGAACAACCAAUCAAGAAUGUCAAUUACGAAUUGGGUCAAAAACACUCCACUUUCAAGCUAGUGGACCAAACAUUGCAACCGUUGCAAGAUGGACAUGUUCGAGUAAAGACACUUUACUUAUCCAACGAUCCAACCCAAAGAUCUUGGAUACAAAAAGGUAUCAACCCCGAAAGAAUGUACGUUCCACCUGUGGGCCAAGGUGAGCCAAUGAGAUCGCUUGGUAUAGGGCAAGUAGUCGAAUCCAAGUCGUCGACCUAUAAGAAUGGAGAUCUUGUGAUUUGCCUGUUGUACUGGUCCCAAUACUGUGAUAUUGAUGAGCAGCAAAUUGACAGCAAGGUUCCUGAUGCUUCAAUUCCUUUGCCCGUAUACUUGUCUACGUUGGGAAUGACAGGGUUGACUGCCUAUUUUGGUAUCAGAGAAGUUGCCAAAGCCAAGAAAGGAGACACUGUGGUUGUUUCUGCUGCUUCUGGUGCCACUGGGUCAAUGGUGGUUCAAAUCGCCAAGGCAAUUGGGUGCCAUGUCAUUGGUAUUUCCGGUGGUGAAGAAAAGUGUCGUUAUGUUGAAAGCAUUGGAGCCGAUGCCUGUGUCAAUUACAAAGAUCCAGCGUUCAGAAAGAAUAUGGUGAAGGCUCUUGGUGACAAGAAGUUCUGUGAUGUAUUUUUUGACAAUGUUGGAGGAGACAUUUUGGACGUAAUGCUCGCUUUGACCAAGGUGAACGGUACUAUUGUUGCGUGUGGAGCCAUUGCUGGUUACAAUGACCACACCAAAAUGCAAAUUAGAAACUGGGGGGAAAUCAUAGUCAACAGACUCACCGUCAAAGGGUUCAUUAUCUUGGAUCACAAAGACAAGUACGGUGCUGCCGUGAAGGAAAUUGCAGGUUGGAUCAAGGAAGGAAAAGUCAAAGCUGACGAAAGUGCUUUUAACUUGGUCGACUUGACCGGGGAAUCCAAAUUUACCGAGGUUCCUAUUGUCUGGGGCACUCUUUUCUCCGACAACAAGAAACCAGGAAAGCUUUUGACAAAACUCGCUGACCCUAAAUUGUAA